UCUUACGUACCAUUUCUCUCUUUUUCGCCGUUAAAGCUCGAGCUGUUCCACUUCAGCUACACUCAAGAGAACUUUUUCUUUUUCUUCUUAAUUUUUUUCACAAUCAGACAUAACUAUAAUUUCUCAGUUGAAACAUUCUGAGAAGUGCAGCUCUUGAAAUAUGACCGGCAAUUGGACAUGGUUAAUGAUUGAUUAAUUAAAGGAUUUAUCACAGAGAUCUUGUGGGAUUAGUGUUGCAGAAUUCAGCUGGUAAAAGCGGUGAGCGCUUGUCAUUCUUCUGCUACUGUUGAGACGGUAUCAUGGCGCAGAGUAAUUGGGAAGCUGAUAAGAUGCUUGAUGUUUAUAUUCAUGAUUAUUUGGUGAAAAAGAAAUUGCACAAUUCUGCAAAAGCUUUUAUGACAGAAGGGAAGGUUGCAACAGAUCCAGUAGCAAUUGAUGCACCUGGAGGAUUUCUAUUUGAGUGGUGGUCUGUCUUUUGGGACAUAUUCAUUGCAAGGACAAAUGAGAAACAUUCAGAGGCUGCUGCUGCCUACAUAGAGGCCCAGCAAAUGAAGGCGAGGGAGCAGCUACAGAUGCAACAGUUGCAGCUCCUGCAGCAGCGGAAUGUACAUUUGCAAAGAAGGGAUCCUAAUCAUCCUGCCCUUGGGAGCUCAAUUAGUGCUCUAAACUCUGAAGGAAUGAUAGGACAACCAUCAGCAAGUGUGUUGGCCAUGAAAAUGUAUGAAGAACGAAUGAAAAAUCCCCAUUCAAUGGAUACAGAGACAUCGCCUGCUCUAAUCGAUGCCAAUAGGAUGGCCCUCCUCAAACCAUCAGCCAAUCAUCAAGGCCAGUUGGUACAAGGUAAUCCCGGGAACAUUUCUAUGGCAUUGCAGCAAAUGCAGGGACGAACUGCUCUAGCAAAUGACAUCAAAGGUGAAGUCAACUUGGGAGCAAGUCCAAAAAGUCUGCCUACGGAUCCUUCAUCCAUUUAUGGACAAGCAAUUUUUCCCUCAAAAUCUGGACUAAGUGGUGCAGGAAUUAACCAAAGUGUUACUGGGCUUCCUUUAAAGGGGUGGCCUUUAACUGGAAUAGAUCAAUUACGACCAAAUUUGGGUGUACAAAUGCAGAAACCUAAUCUACCGGCCCAAAAUCAAUUUCUUUUGGCAUCACAACAGCAGCAGCAGGUUUUAGCUCAUGCACAAUCACAAAGCAACCUCGGGAAUUCAACUAACAGUGGAGAGAUGGAUCCCCGUAGGGUUGGUCAGUUGCCUAGAGGUAACUUGCAUGCGAAAGAUGGUCAGGCCACUAGAAAUGAUGGAUCAAUAUGCUCUCCAGUGCAGUCAAGUUCACCAAAGGUAUCCCUAAAACAGAGUGUUAGCGAGCAAAAAGAGCCGGCUAAAACAGGUUUUACCUUUGGGGAAGUUGGUUGCAUACGGACUAGAAAUAGCAAAGUCACUUGCUGUCAUUUUUCUUCUGAUGGGAAGUUGCUAGCCAGUGCUGGACAUGACAAGAAGGUUGUUCUCUGGAACAUGGAUACCCUACAAACUGAAAGCACGCCUGAAGAACACAAAGUAGUUAUAACAGAUGUUCGCUUUAGGCCAAACUCAUCUCAGCUGGUAACAACUUCAGUUGAUAAAUCUGUGCGGUUAUGGGAUGCAGCAAAUCCAAGCUUUUGUGUGCGAGCAUACACUGCACAUAGUUCCCCAGUAAUGUCCCUUGACUUCCAUCCUAAGAAGACAGAUCUUUUCUGCUUCUGUGAUAAUGACAAUGAAAUUCAAUAUUGGAAUAUCAAUACAUUCUCCUGCACUCGAAUUUCUAAGGGAGGUACUGCACAAGUGCGAUUUCAACCAAGAACUGGACAAACAUUAGCUGCAGCAUCUGAUAAAGUAGUGUCAAUUUUUGAUGUCGAAACUGACAGGCAAACAUACUCAUUUCAGGGGCACCCUGAAAUGGUUAACUAUAUAUGCUGGGAUGCUAAUGGAGAUUAUCUGGCAUCAGUCAGUCAGAACUUGGUGAAGAUUUGGUCGGUGGCUUCAGGGGAUUGUAUCCAGGAGUUAAGCUCCAAUAGCAACCAAUUUCAUUCUUGUGUUUUUCACCCUAGUUACUCAACUCUUUUGGUCAUUGGAGGAAUCUCGUCACUGGAACUCUGGAACAUAGCUGAGAAUAAGAGCAUGACAAUUGCAGCGCAUGAGAAUAUAAUUUCAGCAUUGGCCCAAUCACCUGUCAGAGGAAUGGUGGCAUCUGCAAGUCAUGACAGUUCAGUAAAGCUAUGGAAAUAGGUCCACAAAUAUACAAGGGAUGGAUCUUAUGGCAAUCUCCCUGUCCCCACGAGGUACCAAUAAUUAGAUUCUGGAGAGGUACCAAUCCUUAGAUUCUGGAGAAGAAUGCAAUAACAAGCUGUUUAGAGAUUGUGUUUGUUAUAGAGGGAAAAAAAGUCAAUUAUAAUAGUUUAAUGACUAAGUUUGAUGGCAAGUAUUACCUUUUUCUCUUGGAAUUCUGCUACACGGGGCAGACUGUGUGCUGAAGGUGAUAGUUGUGGCAUAUUUUUCAUUAUAAGUAUCAGAUAGACUGUGAAAUACUUAUAAGUGUCCAGAUAGACCGUUACUAAUCAACCUAGCUCCCGGGGACCCUUCGGCUUGUAAAUUUAGUCAUUUAAAGUUUGGGAAGGGUUUCAACAUAGGAAGUAUAUAUGUUUGCUCUACUCUGUGCUUCUUGGCACAUUUAUAGUUAAAUAGUUUACUUAAAUGGAGUGUGAAACCUUUUUGUGGUGGCUUAAA